AUGUCGCAUAAGAAUGAAAGCACGGACGAAACAUACUGCCGCAGUAGCAUCGACUCGGCAAUGCUAGGCGUCGAUGUUGAAAAGGCCAACUUGCUGCCGAAGCCAUCGGCCUCAUCCAACGACGAGGUCCAAGCGACUUGGAAGGCCAACGAGGGCCUCAAACCUGAACCUUCUGCCGCAGUUCAUCAUGACCGAGCGCAGCCUGCUGCUCUCGACCACUCUCCAGUGGCUAGUUUCGUCGAGAGACAUCCCCACUCCAACAUCACCGUGCCCCUCUUCAUUUGGCUCGUAAAUCCAUUCAUAUGGUGGAAGAUGGGCUGGGACUCGAGGGGCACUUUGCUCAUGGGCACUGCCCAAUCUCUGGUUGCUAUUGGGCUCACCACCGCCAUAUGGAGCUUCCUCACAUCGGGGUCCCGGGAUCAACACGCUAUCGACUGUGCCAUCGACCGAACUGCGAAUGAGGGGGAAGACCGCCCGAAAGAGAAGCGCGGGACGACUGAGACUGCUGAUGAUGUCAAAUCUCCCGUGCUGGAUGCGCCUUAUGCUUCCAAAAGAUCAAUGACAGCGGAAGGCGCAGCUUCGUGGAAAGGCCAGGGAACAAAGUCAACGGUAGUAUUCCUGUGGAUGAUGGCCGUGGUUUCCGUUACAAACGCCCUCAUCAGUCUUCCGUGGAGCCAAGCCAGCCCGCUAGCAUGUCAGACACCUUCUCACCGCGUGUCCUUUCAAUUGGGGAAGCAUCGCGUUUCGAUCGCGCCUCCUACGAGUGCCAGAUUAAGGUCACGGCGUGUGCAGACUCAGUGGACAGCACCUUUGUAA